AUGGUGAAGUUGUACAUGGAUAAAGCAGCCAACCACCUGUGUCCUGUGGCAUCUAACUUUGCAGUAGUUAACACAUACCUCCUAAUCCCUGAUAUACCUGUCUACACUGUCAGGAAGGAAAAUGGACAAGGACGCACCAGGACCCUGCAUAGAAAUUUGUUACUUCCUGUGAGUUCUCUUCCACGUCAAGACGUCACACCACCUAAGCCUGCUCCCAGAACUAGUGUUCCUAGACCAACAGUAGUUCCUAGAAGAUCAAGGAGAAUCCAAGGACAAGACCCAGAUUAUGAUGAAGAUGAGGAUGAUGACUUCAUAGUUGUUUCCACUCCAUCACAGCCGUCAGUGUCAACUUCUAGAGAAGAUGAUAGGCCAACUGAGGUUAGAGUAGAUGAAGAUAGAGCUUCUACUUCAAGUGAUCAGGAUGUGGAAGAGCCUGCAGAUUCUGUUCAGGAACAGGAUCAAGAGUCCGAUGUGGAUCAGGCUGAGGAUCAGUCAUCAGAAUCUGCAACCUCAGACACAGCUUCUGUACCAGAGGAUGUCACUCCUGCAGUUCAAGACCAGGAUCUAGAACCGAUUAGAGGAUGUGACAACUCAGUUCCCCAGGUAGCUCCUAGACCAGUACCAGCUCCUAGACGCUCUACCCGAGAACGGAGAAAGCCUCAGUGGAUGCAAUCUGGAGAUUACGUAAUGUCUGCUAUCACUGAUGUUCCAGAGGACUGGAGAAGUCGAGCUGAUUAUCUACUUUCACUGAUAGGUACAGGAGUUGUAAAUGACGUCACAGCCAAGAGUAUGCUUUUGUCCCUUAUUUCCGGUCAUGACAAAUGAUGAGGACAUCAUUUUGCCGAGGGGAGGAAGUAUGUAGUAGGUGUUAAUUCUGCAGCUUGUAAAUAUGUUAGUAUUUUUAGUGUAGAUAAAGUAACUUGUCUUUUCUAUUUCAGCUUGUUGAUUCAACAGAGGGUUGUGUCAUUUCCUGGUUUCUAUCUAUCAUUAGUUGUGUCCUUAUCAGUAUUUGCUACUGAUAACUUUCUACUGGGUCAAAGGUCAAUGGUCCAGUCUAUUUUACUUCCAAGGGUGUUUUGUUCUAUUGUUUGCUCGUCAUUAGGGUUACCUGUUGUGAGCCAAUUAGUAUACCUUUCAAUUCAAAUCCCUUUCUCACCUGCCAUUGCUAAUCUUAUGCUGCACACACCCACCUGCACUGCACAGCAAUGGAUUGAGGAUCAAGUUAUCAAGUUUCAUGUGACUGUCGAAUGAGACGACUGGCAGAAGGCAUGUUACACUCUCGUGUCACACACAGGGUAUGUUUUGUAUAUAGUUUAUCUAUAUAAUAUGUUCAUGUUGUGCAUUCAUUAUGCAUAAUAUGAUUAUGUGAUGAUUUAAUGCUUUCCUCAGUUAUGCGUUUAAUAAUGUGUAAUUAUAUUGUCUUUGUAUAUGAAGGUACAUCUGCACUGAUUAGAUAUCGAGGCAGAAAUAUAUUUGCGUAUCUGCUGUAAUGAUGUAAUCAGUUAUUAAGAAGCAGAUCGAUACUUUACAUUUAAUGUGUUAUUGUACAUUUAUUCUGAAACAUGUGAUAUAUUGUGAUUUUAAAUUGUUUCAGGAGUGUCUUCUAUAUGCCUUGCUGAAUAAACUGAAU